ACAAUGAUAUCAAUCACUUGUACCGGGCAACAGUGGUUACACCUUGGAACCAAUAAUUGGUUUGGAAAAAUCAAAAAAGAAAGUGAAGGAAGAAAACUUGAUUUCCCCUGCUUCUUCCACUCCCCUUUUCCAGUAGACCAGGUUAACACCAAGUUCCUCUUUUGGCGCACCACAACCCAUUUCCAUAUAAAACCCCCCACCAUUUUCCCUCCCUGGAGUGCCAAUCCAUGCCAUACUAAAUUUCCCUACCUAGCUAGUUCCACCCUCCCUCUCUCUCGGCUAGCUUCUCAUUAAUCCUUACUAAGACUAUAUAUACAUAUAUAAGCCGAUGGGUAAUGCGGAUGCUGCGUAUCCGACGGCUGCAGGGACGGAGCGGUGGUGCCGCGUGCCGGUGCCGCCGUCGCGGCCGUUCCUCGACACGUUCCGCACGAACGUGAAGGAGACGUUCUUCCCCGACGACCCGUUCCGGCAGUUCAGGCAGGAGCGCGGGGCGCGUCGCGUGAUUUGGGCCCCCAGCUACUCCUUCAGCCUCUUCAAAUCCGACCUCGUCGCGGGGAUCACCAUCGCUAGCCUUGCUAUCCCCCAGGGGAUCAGCUACGCUAAGCUCGCAAACCUACCACCCAUUCUAGGCCUAUAUUCGAGCUUUGUGCCGCCGCUGGUGUACGCGAUGAUGGGGAGCUCGAAGGAUCUGGCGGUGGGGACCGUCGCGGUGGCCUCGCUGCUGAUAGCGUCCAUGCUCGGGAAGGAGGUGUCGGCAGCGGAGAACCCGGGGUUGUACCUGCACCUGGCGUUCACUGCCACCUUCUUCGCCGGAGUCUUUGAGGCCGCCUUGGGCUUGUUGAGGCUUGGAUUCAUAGUCGACUUUCUGUCGCACGCGACGAUAGUGGGGUUCAUGGCUGGAGCGGCGACGGUAGUAUGUUUGCAGCAGCUGAAGGGCAUGCUCGGCCUCGAACACUUCACCAGCUCCACUGACCUCAUCUCCGUCGUGGAGUCCGUUUUCGCACAGACCCAUCAGUGGAGGUGGGAAAGUGCUCUUCUUGGCUGUUGCUUCCUUUUCUUCCUACUACUCACGCGAUUCUUUAGUAAAAGGGGACCCAAAUUCUUCUGGGUGUCAGCUGCAGCCCCUCUGACUUCUGUGAUUCUUGGAAGCCUUCUUGUUUUUCUCACUCAUGCCGAAAACCAUGGUGUUCCAGUGAUUGGUUACCUGAAGAAGGGUUUGAAUCCGCCGUCUAUGACAAGCUUGAAGUUUUCACCACCUUAUAUGAUGGUAGCUCUCAAGACUGGUGUCAUCACAGGGAUUAUAGCCCUUGCUGAAGGGAUCGCGGUUGGCAGGAGCUUCGCCAUGUUCAAGAACUACCACAUAGAUGGCAACAAAGAGAUGAUCGCAUUCGGGAUGAUGAACAUCGCAGGAUCAUUCACUUCCUGCUACCUCACCACCGGGCCAUUCUCGCGGUCGGCUGUGAACUACAAUGCAGGGUGCAAGACGGCCAUGUCGAAUGUGGUGAUGGCAGUGGCCGUGAUGAUCACCCUGCUGUUCCUGACGCCGCUCUUCCACUACACCCCUCUCGUCGUGCUUUCCGCCAUCAUCAUUUCUGCCAUGCUAGGCCUCAUCGACUACGAGGCUGCCAUUCAUCUAUGGCACGUCGAUAAGGUCGACUUCUGCGUGUGCUUGGGCGCGUACUUUGGUGUCGUCUUCGGAAGCGUUGAGAUCGGAUUGGUUAUCGCGGUCGCAAUAUCGAUACUUCGAGUCCUGUUAUUCAUUGCAAGGCCAAGGACCACAGUUCUUGGAAACAUACCCAACUCAAUGAUCUACAGAAGGAUGGAUCAAUACCCUCUUGCGCAGAGCGUUCCAGGUGUCUUCAUUCUCCAAAUCGAUUCUCCGAUCUACUUCGCCAACGCGAGCUACUUGAGAGAAAGGAUAUCGCGGUGGAUCGACGACGAAGAGGACAAGCUGAGAAUCAAGGGGGAGACAAGUUUGCAGUAUGUGAUCCUUGACUUGGGUGCUGUGGGCAGCAUUGACACAAGUGGAAUUAGCAUGCUAGAGGAGACCAAGAAGACCUUAGACAGAAGGGGCCUCCAGCUUGUUUUAGCGAACCCGGGAAGCGAAAUAAUGAAGAAGUUAGAUAAGUCGAAGGUCCUCGCAGCGAUUGGACAAGAAUGGGUCUUCCUGACAGUAGGAGAGGCCGUCGCUGCUUGCAACUUUCUGCUUCAUUCUUGCAAAUCGGGAGUUAUCGGCGAUAACACCGCAUCACCCGACAAUGUCGUUUGAGAUGACAAAUAAAGAACAUCUCUGAGGAUUUGUUCUCCUUUUUUUCAGUUAGUAAAGAUUUGAGCCUUGAGGUGCAUCCUCUUGCUUAAGCAUAGGAGGUUUUCUUUUCUUUUCUUUUCUUUUUUUCUCCUAGUUCCGAUCAUUGGAAAAUUCUAUAUGUACUCUAUCGCUACGCUACUGAAACUAGAAGAAUCCAUAGCUUUAGCCUUUCCAAUGCUCUAUAUAAACACUCAAUCCAAUCCUUUGAUCUGAUUAA